AUUCCAAAUUUUAAUAUGCAAGAUGGCCGCCUGCUGAAUGACGAAGUCGGAAGUAAACGGAAUGUUUUGGUUUAUGAAAAUGUAAAACAAAAAGUGGACCUUCGUCUCAAAGUUCAUUUCUAGGAUUGUUGUCACCGGUUGGUACCACUGUAAAUCCUGUGUACCGUCUUAAGUUUAAGUUUAGUCAUUUUGAUCACUUUUAAUAGGAGGAAAAUUAAGUUCAAUUCAUCGUUGAUCGUUCAGCAUUUCGUGUGCCGAAACUGCAUCUAUGAUGGUCUACUGAACACGGUCAUGACGGUGAACAAUGAAUGAGUUGACUAGUGCAGUAAGGAAUUUAUUCGUCGAAACUACACUUGGAAGUGACACCUCUUAUUUCAGGAACUAAGGAAUGGACGAUUCUGCCGCAGUUGUGAUGCAGUCUACCGAUACUACUGCCCCUGAUGCCGACUCAACUGCUGCCGAAAAUGCAUCAGAAAAUCAAAGCACCAACGCCGACACCACCAACACUGACACCACCAACAAUGACACCACCAACACCACCAACACUAACGGCAGCAGCAGCAGCAGCGGCAGAUCAAGCUCUCGCAGCUCCCGUCGUCACCGCUCCCGCGGGCACCAUCGGCACCGCAGCAGGCGGCGCCGUCACAACCCCAAGCGCAACGAGCGCAACCUGGUGGCAGCCAUCCUGGGCAUGGUGGUCAUCGCGGUGUUAAUCUCCUCCCUGGCUGAGCAGAAGUGGUUCCACUUGCACGGUGGAGAGUGUGCUAAGGAAAACAUUGGCGCAUAUCAGUUCUUGACCCCCGGCAUAGAAACCAGCGGAGCUUACAGGUACUGUUUCAACACCCAAGUGGUAGCCAUCAUGCGUGCGGUCAUCGCCUUCAUCUUUCUUUCCAUCACGUCCUCCCUCUUUGCCUUCUUCCUGGACACCCUGGGGCCCAUGAAGUCCUCCCUGAAACUCCUGAGGCGACACGCGGCCGGCAACAUCAUUACAGUUCUGUUGUGCCUAACCAUGAGCGGCUUCUGCUACUGGUCGGCCUCUCUGAUGGAAAGCGAAAUGGACGGUCACAAGCUGGGCCCCAGCAGCAAAGUCCUGGUAUCUUUCGGUGUGGGCUACUACCUCAUUGUGGCAUCGGGGGCGCUCUCCGUUAUCAUCGCGGCCACCAACCUGCUGCGGCCGUACUCGUCGUACGACGAGACGCCCCGGGAGCGACUGAUCGAGGAUUGGGACCAGUUAUUGGAGGCUGAGCUCGCGAACAUGCCCAGUGGACCGUUGAUGAACCCCGCUAAUAUGCCGGAACCACCAGCCUAUACCCCCUAGCACAUGCAGUUGUGUUUUUUUAUUAUGUUUUUUUUUCUGUUGAACGUUUUCUGAAUAAUUGGAGUCAAACAAUUGCACAUGAAAUACACAACAUUUACUAAGAAUGUGUUUUUUGUUCAAAUUAUGUGCUUAAAGUGCAUUUUAUUAUUAUUAUUAUUAUCAUUUCUGGUAAUGAAACCUAGGAUUCCUCAAAAGCGUCCUAGG